CAGAUCGAUCGAGCCCAGAAGAAAAUGUUUCAAAUCUGAACGAGUAAACUCAUCUCUUCGUCCUUGCCUCAAUAGUCUCAUACCCAUCUUUGUUUUAGGUCUCUCUGUCUCCGUCUUCAUUCUCAUUGGGUUCCACAAAGGCGCAAUGCCCUCUUCUUCGUCUUCUUCCUUUUGGUCUCUGCUCUCGUCCUCGCUUUCAUUGUCUGGAACACUCGUCAUUGGGCAACCAAAGCUGUAGUCUUGUUCUUUCUCAACUCUCAACUCUCUUCCUGAGUUUGACCUUCAUGUGGGUCAGCAUGGAGAGCUAGCGUUCCUCAAUCCAAGUGGGACGUUUCCCCAAUUUUUCAAUCUUGUACAAUUUUUUUUUUUACUAGAUUUGUUAGAUCAGUUGGGUUCCUUUAAAUGAAAAUCUGAAGAAUUCAUUUGUCAGAUCAAUCUUACUAGUCCAGUCAUAUUUCUCAGCAAAGAAAAUCUGAAGAAUUUCAGAAAGAGGAUGGAGAGUUUUGCUUUAAUGGUGUGUAUAGAUAGAAAGAAACAGGGCCAGUUUUGAUGGGAUUGGAAUUUGGGGAAGAUGGGUUUUUGGAGGAGAGAACAUGAUCAUCAUUCAUCAGGGUGACAACGAAGGAAACCCGGCCACAGGAAUCUUGCGAAUAUUGAGUUUAAUUAUUUGUUAUUUUUUAAAUUAAAAAUAAUAUAACUUAACAGUGUUAAGUUUCUGUUAGUGAAAAAACACAUGGCAGAUUAUUAUUCGUGGGACAGAAUUAAGACAUUGAAUUCCCUUCCAAAAGUGAAGACUUUUUUUUAACAAAAAAAAGUGAAGACUUUUCCACGUACAUACAGAGGUUGAUGAAGAAUUGAAGAUGACGGUAAUCAUCCACAGCCUCACACACCCGCAUCUUCACGUACAUAUCCUAUUGACUUUCAGGCUUUCUAUUAUCAUAUAUAUCUGUGUGCGUUAGCUGCAUUUGCAAAAACCCAAUCACUUUGCCAAUACUAUAUAUAUAUCCUAGUUCUUGAUCAUGGUGGCUGUUAACCACGUUCUUUGCUUCAUUAUUGCAUUGAUCUGCUUCAAGCUACUGGGACUUGCUGAAUCUAAGGUGCCUCAAGAGGAAGUUGAUGCUCUUCAAGAAAUUAUGACCAAAAUGGGGGCAGUGUAUUGGAAGUUUAAUGAUGAUACUUGCUGGAUUGAAGUGGUUGGUCUAACAGAGUCACCACCAAAGGGAUCUGAGCGCAGAAUUGAUUGUGAAUGCCACUUCAAGAACAACACUGAAUGUCAUGUCAUAAGAUUAAUGAUCAAAGGUCAUAGUUUACCUGGUUUGCUUCCACCUGAACUAAUCAAGCUGCCUUACCUCCAGGAAAUUGAUUUUGCUUACAACUAUCUCAGUGGUACAAUACCACAGGAAUGGGCUUCAAUGAAAUUGACUUAUCUAUCUGUUUUUGUUAAUCAUCUAUCCGGGGAAAUUCCGAAGGAGUUGGGAAAUAUGAGAACUCUCACAUACUUGAGCCUUGCAGCUAACCAAUUUUCUGGCACUCUUCCUUCUGAGCUUGGUUAUCUGGUCAAUUUGCAAUAUUUGGUGCUUUCCUCUAAUCGACUGACUGGAAACUUGCCAGAUACAUUUGCUGGGCUAAAAAAUCUAAAAGAUAUCCGUUUAAGUGACAACAACUUUAAUGGAACAAUCCCGGACUGGGUGCAGAAUUGGAAACAACUCAACAUACUGGAAAUGCAUUCAAGUGGACUGGCCGGACCCAUUCCAUCAAAUAUUUCUGGUUUGACCAACUUGCAUGACUUGAGGAUUAGUGACAUGGAUGGGCCAAAUCAGGAAUUUCCUUUGCUGAGAAAUAUGACUGGAGUAGUAAGAUUGAUUUUGAGGAACUGUAACAUUUUCGGAGAGAUCCCCACAUAUAUCUGGUCCAUGAAGAAUCUGGAAAUGUUGGAUCUCAGUUUCAACAAGUUAGCAGGUGAACUUUCAUCCACCGCAGGCAUUACUGAGCGCCUGAAAUUUGUCUUUCUAACUGGAAACCUGCUAGGUGGAACUGUGCCGGAUUCACUCUUGCGUGAUGGAAAUAGUGUUGAUGUGUCGUACAAUAACUUCACACUGCAAGGCCCUGAGAGCCCUCCUUGUCAAGAACAUAAGAAUCUAAGUCUAAACUUGUUUCGAAGCUCCUCAAAGGAGAAUGACUUAAGGAGUGUUCUUCCAUGCUCGAAGAAUUUUCACUGCCCACGAUAUUCAAACUGUAUGCAUGUCAAUUGUGGUGGAAAUGACAUAACUGUCAAGGAAGAGAAUAACUCAAAGGUCAUGUAUGAAGGCGAUGGUGGAGUUGAAGGUGGUAGUGCAAAAUAUUUUAGAAAUGACAAAAGUAUGUGGGGAUUCAGUAGCACUGGUGACUUCAUGGAUGUCUAUGAUUGGCAAAACACACGUUACUCUAUGUCCGUGGCAUCUUUGGGUCUCUCCGAGUUAUAUACAACAGCACGCAUAUCACCAAUUUCACUUAGUUAUUUCUACUAUUGUUUAGAAAAUGGGGUAUACACUGUUACUCUCCACUUUGCGGAGAUUAAGAUCACGAAUGUCGGUACACAUAGUCUUGGGAGGCGGUUUUUUGAUAUUUAUGUUCAGGAGAGAUUGGUUUGGAAGGAUUUCAAUAUUGUGAAUGAGGCAGGUAUGGCUCAGAAAAGAGUAGUUAAACAAUUAUCUAAUGUCAGUGUGACAAGUAAUGUUUUAGAGAUCCGAUUCUACUGGGCUGGAAAAGGGACAAUGAGGAUUCCUGAGGGAGGAGAUUACGGUCCCCUUAUAUCAGCUAUUUCUGUGGUUUCUGAUUUUAAACCUUGUGGAGGCUCUGGAACUUUGAAACUUGUUUAUACUAUUACGGGUGUUGGUGUUGGACCACUAUGCCUAAUUCUCUUCAUACUGGCGGUCCUUUGGUGGAAAGGAUUCUUUCAAGGGAAAAGGGGGAUUAAAAGAGGAGGAGAUAUCCAGACAGGGAAUUUUUGUUUGAAAGAAAUAAAAGCAGCCAGUGAUGACUUUGAUUCAGCAAACAAGAUUGGAGAAGGUGGUUUUGGUCCUGUGUUCAAGGGUCAGUUACCAAAUGGUUCUUUGAUAGCAAUUAAGCAGCUCUCAUCUAAUUCAAAGCAAGGAAAUCGUGAGUUCUUAAAUGAGAUGGGAAUGAUAUCUUGUCUGCAACACCCGAAUCUAGUGAUACUGCAUGGAUGUUGUAUUGAAGGGGAUCAGUUAUUGCUGGUGUACGAGUACAUGGAAAACAAUAGUCUUGCGCGUGCAUUAUAUGGUCCAGAGAAGCAUCAGCUAAAACUGGACUGGCCAACAAGGCUUAAGAUCUGUAUUGGAAUAGCUAGAGGUCUAGCUUUUCUCCAUGAAGAAUCAAGACUCAAGAUUGUCCACCGAGACAUAAAAGCUACGAAUGUGCUGCUGGAUAGGGAUUUGAACGCUAAAAUAUCAGACUUUGGAUUGGCUAAGCUUGGUGAAGAUGACAAAUCACACAUCAGCACUAGAAUUGCUGGAACCCUAGGAUAUAUGGCGCCAGAAUAUGCGCUAUGGGGUCACUUAACCUACAAGGCAGAUGUUUACAGUUUCGGAGUUGUUGCCUUGGAAAUUGUUAGCGGGAAGAGCAACAACAGCUAUGUGCCAAAUGACAGUUAUCUCUGUCUCCUAGACUUUGCUUGGCACUUGCUACAGACUGGAAACUUGAAGGAGCUGGUUGAUGAGAGGUUGGGGAAUGAAGUCAUUGAUAAAGAAGCAGAACUUAUUAUUAAAAUUGGUAUGUUAUGUACAAAUGCAUCUCCAACGCUUAGGCCUACGAUGUCUGAGGUGGUGGGCAUGCUUGAAGGACGAACAGCAGUGCCGAACAUGACCCUGGAAGCAAGUUCCCAUACCAAAGAUUUGAGGUUCAACGCCUUGAGGGACCUCCAACGUCAAAGGAAAAGGCAAAGUUUAAGUGAAAGCCAGCCUCAGAAUUUGCCAACCACCAAAACAUUUUGCUCUUCCUCUACUUCAAGGUAUGACUUGAGAGUUAGAACAGCUUAAGAUCAAAAUCCUCUUAACAAUAAAUUGAUAUAAUUGUACCAGCCUAAUUAUGUAUUGAACAUACACAUAUAUCCACACCAUUUCCCUCCAAAUCAAGGCUUAGUUAGGAACGCAGGUGCAGAACCAGGAUUUGACAUCUGAGAGAGGGUCCAGACAUAUAUAGUAUAUAAUAUUAAAAUUUCGCAAAAAAUUAAUGUUUUGUAUAUUUCCCUUA